AUGACAACACAUACAGCCACAACGCUUGAUGACUGUUCUCCUCAUCGUCAUCAAACAUUGUACAGCAAUCGAAUUUAUGCUCGUACAACAACAGCAACACGUUUAUCAAACGUAAAUCGACCAUUUCAUUCUUAUUUAAAAACAUUACCACCCAUAAAUAUUUGUGAAAAUCUAUUAUAUGGCGUAACAAUAGCUGGCGAUGUCGGAUUAGCUACUCCAUCAUCUUAUAUUAAUAGUAGUGAACAUUAUGAUAAUACAUUUGCAAAUACUUACGAUAAUCCAAUUGAAUAUUUUGAAAAUUAUCCUUCAAAAUCAAUUGAUAUUGUGAAUAGAAGUUUGAAUAAUCUUCCACAUUCGAAAGAGAAUUUUUAUGAUCAUACAGAAGCCGAUCGUAAUAAUGAAAAAUAUUCAUCCGAUACUUCUCAUAGUACAUCACCUGUUUUUUUCUAUUUGGAAAAUAAAAACUUAGCCAUAUGUGCAUGUAUCAUUUCACUUCUUUUACUUUUACUUGUUGGUCUCGGAAUUUUCGUAUUAAAUAAACUUAUUCGUCCCGUUAUUAUUAAUACGACUGUUAACAAUCAUUACGGUAUAAUGAAUACGACGAAUACAACAACAACAACAACAACAGCAGCAAGUUCAGUAAUGGCAUCUCGUUCGAUAAUUUCAAAGUCACUCGUCAUGCCUUUAAGACGAUCAUCUAUAGAUAUUUUAACAACAUCGACUACUACAAAAUUAAGAGACGAUUUCGAUUUUCCGUGUCCACCUAAGCGCUGGGGAAAAGUCUGCGAAAAUAUGUGUAAACCAUGUGGUCUCGGUGUAUGUGAUCCGAUAACAGGCAAUUGCAUCUGUCCAGAAGAUUUGUAUGGGGAAUUUUGUGAUCUAUGGAAAGUUAAUGAUAAGCCGAAACGUGGCGAUAUGAUGAGUUGA